UUUGUUACACGUGGUGGCUCCGCCCACGCCACCUUGCCUCGCUGUCGUCUCUGAGCUUCAUUAAUAGUGGAGUUUAGUUGGCAGUGACGGGGAGCGAUGGCAGUGGAGCUGCGCUCUAGUGUGAAAUAUGGCACAGUUUUGUCUUUUAGCGUGUUUCUGCUCGCCUACUGGUUCCGCUCUCCCCAGUCUCUGUUGGAUGAAAGACUGGGCGCUGUGUUGUCCUCUUUACUCCGAGCUGAACGGAAAGUGGGCAUGAACCACAUCUCCAGACCAAGAGUGGCCAUAGGGUUCGGGGGCUGUGUGGACAUUAUCGUGGAUGGUGUGACAUUGCUGAACAAGAUUGGACUGCAGCCAACUGAUCAGCCUCUGCACCACGACUACAUUGAGAAUGUGAAACAGCUUGCUCAGAGUUUUGCCUACUUUUUUGCUCCAGGAGCAGCUUCUGAGAGGUUGGUGGUGAACGACACACUCUUCAGUCAGCUGGUGGAGGCCUCUCGAGAGUUGCCAGGAAACCGUUGGUCAGUUGGGGGUAACGCACCAGUGAUGGCAGGCAGGAUGGCCAGUGAGGGCUGUGAUGUGUUACUUGGUGGCAGCUUCAGCACAGACUUUAUUGACUACCUCUCUGAACAUAUCACAGUGGCAGGCAACACAGUAGAGGAACCAGAUAUUCAUCUGAUCCUGGAAUAUCCCUCUGGGCAAACAUGGGGGCCGUAUACCUCCCGAAGAGCCAACAGAUACAUUGUCCACAGUGAUGACCACAACCCAUACUUGGACUCGAUGGAAGAAUUUGAGAAGAAGCUGCAGAGCUUUAAACCUGACCUGCUGGUGGUGGGAGGACUUCAGAUGAUGGACAACUUCCCAUUCAAGCAAGGAGAACGUGAGGCUCUACUGAAUCGUCUGGCUCAGCUGCUGUCUUCAGCUUCACCUCAGACCAACGUGCAUUUUGAAAUGGCCAGCUUUGUUGACGAGGCUCUGAUGUCUGAUCUGUUAGAGCUUGUGGUUCCUCAUGCUGACUCUCUGGGCAUGAACGAGCAGGAACUGCCCAAUCUAUUGAGCCUUUUGCGUGGCAGCACUGUGACCGUGCUCUCUGACCCCAACCCUCGUGUGGCCACCGUACUGGACCAGAUGCGAGAGCUUUACCGCAUUGUGAACUCCAGGCACAGGCAGUCUGGCCAUGGUCGAGCCCUUACCAGGCUACACGUUCACACUCUGGCCUUCCAGGCAAUUAUUGUCAGGGAUGGCUCUCAGUGGAAGAACACCAUGUCAGCCACGGCCAAGGCCUCACUCACCGCCAACCGGCAUGUAUGUGGCUCAGCUGACAUCGACCCCAGCAAGGCGCGCCUCAUCUUGGACGAAUCAUUCUCUGUAAGCAGGAGGGAAGGCAGUCAGAGAAUUCCCCUACAGGAAUCCCGGCCUGUCUCCUGUUGGAUUGAGGAUGAAUAUGAGAUUUGUGUGGCUCCUGUGCUUGUCUGCACUGAGGUUUAUCAGACCGCCGGGGGCGGAGACAACAUCUCUGCUGCUGGCCUCGUGCUGCAGAUCUAACGGAGGAGAAGGGAAAUGAACUCUUAAUCGCUAGUCCUAUUGUGCAAACAUCCCACAUAUAUGAAGACUUUUAUUUUAAGCUGUAGUCUUACAAAUGCACAUGAAACCUUCAGAUGUGUGUUUUAAUUCAGUACCAGAGCAUUUGCAUAUGUCUUGGUCCUGUCUUCUCUUAUCCGUUCACCAAAAUCCUCCUUAACUGAAGUUGCCUCAACAUACUUAUAACCAAUGCUUUGCAUUGCCACAUACACUAUUCCACCAUUUGCACGAGUGAGUCUUACUUCAGAUCUAUUCUUUCCGUUUUCCUUUGCUUCACAUCAUCUUGUGUCUUUUUUUUUUUAAUCAUGUAAAUGUUUUCUUUUAUUCCUAAUUUGGUUGCAUGAAAGCAAAUGCGUUUUGGAGAACAAAUUGUAACCUGACCUUUUCUCUUUUCUUUAUUUUUUUUAAGGGUAAUUUGUGUUGAUAUUUAUUGAACUUUCACAGGAACAUUUACUCCAUCUUAAGAAUGCCUAUAAAACAGGUCACUGCAUUUAUUGGUCAACACAUGGGGAACUUUGGUUAAUGCCAAAAGUUCUAGUUUUUAAUUUGAUAGUUCGGGUUAAUUUAUAGAAAUGUAAAUUGAUCCGAGCUUGACAGGGUUUCAUGGAUCUUCGUCUUGUAGCUUCUUUCAGUCCCUGCGGAAUGAACCAAUUUUCUACCUACCUCCUGUGCCUAUGGAAGAAUUUGUUGCUAUCUGAUCUCUAUGAAAUCUGUUUCCUGGUUAAUGCAUGGAAAAGGGUGCUUGUUUUCUUGUUACCCUCCUGUUGAUGGUUUUUGCUCAGGCACAACGGAGUGGCGUUCUAGCCUGUGAGAACAAUCAGAAAUGUUUGUCACUUAGCUGCUGAUAGCCCAACGAGUCUCAGGGAUUAGCCAAGCGUUGCUAUUUUGGAUUCAAGCAGCUAAGUGGCAGACUUGAUGAUGUUUGUUUCAGCCUUACUAUUAUUGAAACCACAUGCUCAGAAGUAGGAAUAUUUUGUAUUGCAUGAAGUAAAAAAUCCAGCGGGAAUUCAGAUUUUGAUUUGAGUUAUAUGUAUAAUUCUAUACAUAUUUUGAUGGUCAUAAGUUUGAAAAAAAUGCACACACAAUGAUUAUGAUGUUUAUGGUUGAAAUGUAGCAAUGUAGUAAUGAGCCGUACUUGAGUGCAAGUAUCAUAUCUGUCUGGUGUGGAAGUGCCCAUGCUGCACUUUUUUACCAGUUCUGUUUUUAUAUCUCUGUAACAAGUUUGAUGAAUGAAUAAUUCUGAGUUACAAGUGAAGAUGUGCUUCUGAAAAUAUGUUCUCCUUUUUAUUCUUAUAUAAUUAAAACUUGCAUCCCAUUUCUGA